AAUAAGGGCAAAAUAGUCCUUCUAAUAUUUCCGUUAGAUGGGUUAGUUGACCAUGACUGAUUGGGGUAUAAUUGUAAUAUGUCAUACCUGAGGGGGUCUAUGUGUUUUAAUGACAAAGUUUAGGGGGUGUGAAUAUAAUUUACCCUUGUUUUUAAAUUGAUACAGAAGGGCGUUUUUGACUUGAGGUCUAGACUCUAAUUUUGAGCUUGUGUUGCCUUCUUGCUGUAAAGGUCUACAUACUGUAAACAGCCUCUCCUCUUCUGUCCCGAGUCUCAUUUUUCUCAAUCAUCAAUCUGCGUUGUUCCAUACUCUCUCCCUCGAUCUCUCGAACGCGCACAUAUACAUUUUUCUGUGUAUAUCAACCAAUUAUUGGAGGUGCCAUUUAAUCAAUUUUUCUGCCCAGGAACCCCUAUUUGAUUCCAUGUCAAAAUGCUUAAUAGUCCCACAAAUUCUGCAUUUUCUUCAUAAACUGAGUUGAUACGGCAUGCCCGUGAGUGCCUCCGUCCGAAAACAGCUCAGUUUGAAGCUUUCUUCAAUCCCCUGUAAGUUUUCCACUUCUCCAAAUAACUGUUACUUUUCAGUUCUUAGCUGUUCCAUUCCAUCAACAAAUACUUCUGAAAAUGAGCAAGAACUUGAAAAUGAAAUUGAACCGCCAAUUUCUGUGGAGAUAUUUAGGACCGGUCCCAAAUUGGGUUCUUAUAAAUUGGGUGAUUCCACCUUUUAUUCUCUUAUUGAGAACUAUGCAAAAUCAUGCGACCUUAUGUCACUGGAGAAGGUUUUAGAACAAAUGAAGCGCGAACAAAGAGUGGUUAUAGAGAAGAAUAUUAUUGUAGUGUUUAAAGCCUAUGGAAAGGCGCAUUUACCUGACAAAGCAGUUGAAUUAUUUGAUAGAAUGGUAUCUGAAUUCCAAUGUAGACGAACUGUUCGGUCACUUAAUUCGGUUCUUAACGUACUAAUUCAAGAGGGUCUUUAUUAUCGCGCAAUGGAGUUUCAUUCUUCUGUUGUAGGGUGUAAGAAUAUUUUGCCCAAUGUGCUGACCUUUAAUUUGAUUAUCAAAGCUAUGUGUAGAUUAGGAUUAGUUGAUAGAGCAAUAGAGACUUUUAGAGAAAUGCCGACGAAGAAAUGCAUGCCUGAUGUGUUUACUUAUUGCACUUUGAUGGAUGGAUUGUGCAAGAAGGACAGGAUUGAUGAGGCAGUUUUGCUAUUGGAUGAGAUGCAAAUAGAGGGGUGUUUUCCAAGUCCUAUCACGUUUAAUGUGUUAAUUAAUGGGCUUUGCAAAAAAGGGGAUUUGGCUCGAGCAGCGAAGCUUGUGGAUAAUAUGUUCCUUAAAGGGUGUGUUCCAAAUGAAGUGACCUACAACACCCUUAUACAUGGUUUGUGCCUCAAAGGAAAAUUGAACAAGGCAAUUAGUUUAUUGGAUAGGAUGGUGUUGAAUAAAUGUGUCCCUAACCAUGUCACCUAUGGGACAGUUAUUAAUGGGCUUGUUAAGCAAGGAAGAGCUCUUGACGGUGCACGGGUGUUGAUUUCCAUGGAGGAAAGAGGGUACUGUGCAAAUGAGUAUGUUUAUUCGGCACUUGUUAGUGGGCUGUUUAAGAUGGGAAAAUCCAAUGAGGCAUUGAGCAUGUGGAAGGGGAUGAUAGAAAAGGGAUGCAAACCUAAUACUGUUCUUUAUAGUGCGCUUAUUGAUGGUUUAUGUCGACAAGGAAACCCGGAUGAAGCUAAGGAAAUUCUGUCUGAGAUGGAGAGGAUGGGCUGCACACCCAAUGCUUUCACUUAUAACUCCUUGAUGAGGGGUUUCUUCAAGACCGGUAAUAGCCAUAAAGCAAUUCUUAUGUGGAAAGAGAUGGAAAAUAGCAACUGUAUACAUAAUGAGGUUUCUUACAGUGUACUAAUUCAUGGCCUGUGUGAUGAUGGGAAUCUGAAGGUGGCUAUGAUGGUGUGGAAGGAUAUGUUGUGUAGAGGAUGUAAACCUGAUGCCGUGGCUUAUAGUUCUAUAAUCCAUUGCCUCUGCAAUGCUGGUUCUGUGGAUCAGGGUUUAAAACUUUUCAACGAGAUGCUCUGUGGGGAGUCUGAUUCUCAACCAGAUGUAGUUACUUAUAAUAUACUUUUCAAUGCUUUGUGCAAGCAAAAUAACAUCUCCCAUGCUAUAAAUCUUUUGAACAGCAUGAUGGAUCAAGGUUGUGAUCCCGACAUGGUUACCUGUAACAUAUUCUUGAAAACAUUGAAAGAGAGGCUAGACCCACCACAACACGGGGGAGAGUUUCUGGAUGAGCUUGUGCUGCGGCUAUACAAGCGACAGAGAAUUGUAGGAGCUUCCAGAAUUUUGGAAGUUAUGCUUCAAAAGUUUCUUCUUCCAAAAGCCUCCACUUGGGAAAGGGUUGUUCGCGCACUAUUAAAACCGAGGAAGAUUGGAGCAUCCAUUAAUAAAUGCUGGAAUGACCUAUUCAUUUGAUUUCAUAGGUGAGACUCUCUUUACUGUACUAUGUAAAUCAGAAUCAUAAAGACCUGUGUUGUUUACUAUACAAGGAAGUGCAGUUAAUGCCCUGCACAUGACCAAU